AGCUUCCAGCACCCUUGCCCGCCUCGCUCUCCCUCGCUCUCUCCAUCCUGCGAGCUGGCCCAGAUCGACCGUGCCCAAUCGAUGCGCUUGGCCGCUCUCCUCGUCGGCAUGCUGGCGGCUCGCACGCGCGCGCUGCACCUCGUGCACAUGUCGCGCCGCCCCGGCUCGCGCCUGCUCGGCCCGGCUGCCAGCCUGCGCGCCGGCAUGCCGGGCGCCUCGGCCGGCUGCGCCUCGGCGGCGGCGCGGCGCGAGGCGCCGGCGCUGAGCUCUUCCGAAGGUAUCAGCGGGCUGCGGGUGCUCAACACUCUGACGGGCCAGCUGGAGCCCUUUGUGCCGAUCGACCCGGACCGGGUGAAGUGGUACACGUGCGGCCCCACUGUCUACGACGCGGCGCACCUCGGCCACGCACGCAACUACAUGGGGUUCGACAUCGUGCGGCGCGUGCUCUGCGACUACUUUGGGCUGGCCGUCAUGUUUGUGAUGAACAUCACCGACAUUGACGACAAGAUCAUCCUCCGCACCCACCGCAACCACCUCGAGGCGAUGGCGGCGCUGGAGGCGUCCUUCUUCGAGGACAUGGCGGCGCUCAACGUGCGUCCGCCCGACGCGGUGACGCGCGUCACCGACUACGUUCCCGAGAUCGUCUCUUACAUCGAGACGAUUGCGCGGAACGGGUACUGCUACGAGGCAAACGGCUCCGUCUACUUUGACACGGCCGCCUUCACCUCGUCGGAGGGCAAGGUGUACGGCAAGCUCGUCGACGCCUCUGCGCUGGCGGACAAGGAGCUCCUCGCCGAGGGGGAGGGCGCCCUCUCCGCCUCGAGUGCCGAGGCAGACAAGCGGCACCCCUCCGACUUUGCGCUCUGGAAGGCGUCCAAGCCGGGCGAGCCGGCGUGGCCGUCCCCGUGGGGGGAGGGGAGGCCGGGGUGGCACAUCGAGUGCUCGGCGAUGAUGUCCGACCUGCUGGGCGGCGAGGUGGACAUCAACGCGGGCGGGAUCGACCUCAAGUUCCCGCACCACGAGAACCAGAUGGCGCAGGUCGAGGCGCACUACGACUGCUGCAAGGCGUGCAACUACUUUUGGCACUCUGGCCACCUGUCCAUCGACGGGCUCAAGAUGUCGAAGAGCCUCAAGAACUUCAUCACCAUCCGCGAGGCGCUCGAGACCUACUCGGCGCGCCAGCUCCGCUUCCUCUUCCUCCUCCAAAAGUACCACCAGCCGAUGGAGUACUCGCAAAACAGCAUGGCCGCCGCCGCCGACCUCGAGCGCCGCUUUGGCGCCUUCGAGGCGGCGCUCGCGGCGCGGCUGCGCGAGGCGGACACGGCGGCCGACGCCGCGCCGCAGGAGGUGCUGCACCGGUGGGGCGAUCAGGAGCGGCGCCUCAACGACGCCCUCGUCGACAAGCGCGCGGCGGUGCACGCGGCGCUGCUCGACUGCAUCGACACGCCGAGCGCGGUCAAGCGGCUCGAGCAGCUGAUCCGCGCGGCCAACUCGUACAUGGGCGAGGUGCCGCAGCCGCAGCGCGGCGCGACGCUCCUGCACGCCGUCGCCCGCUACUACAGGCGCGUGAUGGGCGCGUUCGGGGUCGAGACGGCGCUGGACGCUGCAGGGGCAGCAGGCUCGGCUGACUCGGCGACGCCGCUGCAGCUGACCGAGGCGGUGAGCAGCUUCCGCGACACGGUGCGCUCCAUCGCCAUCGAGGCGAAGCGGUCGGGCGGCGAGGGCGCCGGCUUGGCCGACGAGGUGCUGCGCGUGUGCGACGCGCUUCGCGACGAGAGCUUGCCGGCGCUCGGGGUUCGGAUCGAGGACCGGCCGUCGGGCGUGGCGCAGUUUGCGAUCGACGAGCCGCAGCGGGUGCUCGCUGAGGCGGCGCGGCGGCGCGAGGCGGCGGCGCAGGCCGAGGCGGCCAAGGCGGCGCGCGCUGCCGACCAGGCGGCGCGUGAGGCGGCCGAGGCGGCGCGCGCCUCUGUGCCGCCGUCGGAGAUGUUUUCGCCGGCGCACGACGGGCUGUUUGGGCGGGAGAGCAGCUACGGCGCACUCGACGCCGAGGGCAUCCCGCUCGAGGACGCGACGGGCGAGCCGCUCUCAAAGUCGCAGCGCAAGAAGCUGGUCAAGCUCGCGCAAAAGCAGGCCAAGCUAGUCGAGGCCGCGGGGAGGCGGUGACGGCGCGGGCGGCGGCGCGUUGUGUAUUUGGAGGCGGCAGGCUGGAAGGAGGAGGGUCCGGGGAGAGGGACGCGAGACGCGUUGGGAUCGGUACUAGCGGGCCGGGCCUAUUUUUUUGUGCUAGUGUGUGGUGGAGAGAGGGCGUCCAAGAGGAAGGUCGUCGAGUGUCGACAAAUGGCCUGAGGUCGUUUUUCGUAUGGUGGCCUCGGUGCCCCAAAGACGUACU